UAUUAUUUAAACUUCAAACAAGCAAACAACCAAAAAAAAAAAAAAACCAAACAAAACCGAGAGAGCCCAUCCUUCUGUCACCUGACUGAGUGGGAAAGAGGGUGAAGGGGUUGUGGGAGGCUGGGGAAGGGGUCGCAAGAAGACCCAUGUAGCUUUUAACCCUAAUGUGGCCGAGACAAGCACCUUAUUUGUGCUAACAAGAAGUGUUUUGUUCAUUAUUACUGUGAUUAACAUUAGUAUUGGUGUCGAUAACAAAGCUGAAAUCACAUAUUUAGGAUUUAGGUCUGAUUAAAAAAUGCUGGGGUGGAUGUUCCAACUGGAUCAGGAGAAAAGAAAAUGAAAACAGCCUGGGGAGAGGGAAGCCUGAUCUGUUUCCUCACUCGCUUGCUCGUGGAUGUCAUUUUCUCUCUUCUUGGGGGCGGCCAAAAAUCGACCGGUGUCGGGGACCAGAGGCGGCCCCGCACGCCCCCGCGUGUGCGUCCACGGGCGUCUGUGCAGACGGACAUUGCGCCGGGGCGAGCUGACAGGAGUUCACGGCUGCGAUAGAACAUGGAGAUGUCAUGGGCGCGACAGAGCCUGGCGGGGAUACCAGCAGCGUGUGUGUGUGGACGGCAACGUUGUCUGUGCGCGUGUGUGAUGAGUUCCACCCGUUCAUCGAGGCACUGCUGCCUCACGUCCGCGCUUUCUCCUACACCUGGUUCAACCUGCAGGCGCGGAAGCGCAAGUACUUCAAGAAGCAUGAAAAGCGGAUGUCGAAGGACGAGGAGCGGGCGGUGAAGGACGAGCUGCUGGGCGAGAAGCCCGAGAUCAAGCAGAAGUGGGCAUCCCGGCUGCUGGCCAAGCUGCGCAAGGACAUCCGGCCCGAGUUCCGCGAGGACUUCGUGCUGACCAUCACGGGCAAGAAGCCCCCCUGCUGCGUGCUCUCCAACCCCGACCAGAAGGGCAAGAUCCGGCGGAUUGACUGCCUGCGCCAGGCUGACAAGGUGUGGCGGCUGGACCUGGUCAUGGUGAUUUUGUUUAAGGGGAUCCCCCUGGAAAGUACUGAUGGGGAGCGGCUCUACAAGUCGCCUCAGUGCUCGAACCCCGGCCUGUGCGUCCAGCCACAUCACAUUGGAGUCACAAUCAAAGAACUGGAUCUUUAUCUGGCUUACUUUGUCCACACUCCGGAAUCCGGACAAUCAGAUAGUUCAAACCAGCAAGGAGAUGCGGACAUCAAACCACUGCCCAACGGGCACUUAAGUUUCCAGGACUGUUUUGUGACUUCCGGGGUCUGGAAUGUGACGGAGCUGGUGAGAGUAUCACAGACUCCUGUUGCAACAGCAUCAGGGCCCAACUUCUCGCUGGCGGACCUGGAGAGUCCCAGCUACUACAACAUCAACCAGGUGACCCUGGGGCGGCGGUCCAUCACCUCCCCUCCUUCCACCAGCACCACCAAGCGCCCCAAGUCCAUCGAUGACAGCGAGAUGGAGAGCCCAGUCGACGACGUGUUCUAUCCCGGGACAGGCCGUUCCCCAGCAGCUGGCAGCAGCCAGUCUAGCGGGUGGCCCAACGAUGUGGAUGCAGGCCCGGCUUCUCUAAAGAAGUCAGGAAAGCUGGACUUCUGCAGUGCCCUCUCCUCUCAGGGCAGCUCCCCGCGCAUGGCUUUCACCCACCACCCGCUGCCUGUGCUUGCUGGAGUCAGACCAGGGAGCCCCCGGGCCACAGCGUCAGCCCUGCACUUCCCCUCCACGUCCAUCAUCCAGCAGUCGAGCCCGUAUUUCACGCACCCGACCAUCCGCUACCACCACCACCACGGGCAGGACUCACUGAAGGAGUUUGUGCAGUUUGUGUGCUCGGAUGGCUCGGGCCAGGCCACCGGACAGCCCAACGGUAGCGGCCAGGGCAAAGUCCCGGGGUCAUUUUUGCUACCGCCGCCGCCUCCAGUGGCCAGACCUGUGCCCCUUCCUAUGCCUGAUUCCAAAUCCACCAGCACUGCCCCAGACGGCGCCGCCUUGACUCCUCCAUCACCUUCAUUCGCAACGACAGGCGCCUCCUCUGCCAACCGGUUUGUCAGCAUCGGACCCCGGGACGGCAACUUUCUGAACAUCCCACAGCAGUCUCAGUCCUGGUUCCUCUGAUAAGAUCGACAAAAGAAACAACAAAAUGAAAAGAAGAGGUUCCUCGAAAGGGGGGAGAAGAAAUUUUGAGACAUGGAAAAAUCCCCUAGCCCAGCCCAGCCCCACCGAAAAGCAAAAAUUACACGUCGUCAGCCACUCAGCCCUUCUCUCCUCCAGCCCGGGGACCCCUGCGGGCCCCAGAAGCAGCCCAGUUCUCGGAGAGCCCUCGGAAGGGGUCUCGGUGGAGCUGUGCACCAGCAGCCAAGCAGAAAGAAACACGCGACAUGGACUCUGUCAAGUAGAGGACAGAAAGCAAGAAAGGAUGCAGAACUGCCUUCCUCCCCACCACCCCGCCCCGGCCUUCUGGGGAAGGAACAAAGUCCCCAAACAAAGCAACCAGCACAGUUCUGAAGGGGCCUGGCCUCCACCCUCACCCCUUCCUAGGGGAACCCCACCCUCCACAUGGUCGGAGCUGUCCUAGGGAGCCUGGAGGACCAGCUUGUAAAGAUGAUGGGGUUUAGAUCCCUCAGGCUCUGCCCUCCAGACUCCGCCCUUCCCUUCCUCCCUUCCUCCCUCCCUCCCUCCCUGCCAAGGCUCCAGCUUCUUCCCCCAGCUGUUCCAGACCAGGAGGGGGAGAGCAGCCUCCACUUACCCCUCCCCACCCUCGGGCUAAAAGCCUCCAGGCGGGCAGGGGGUGACCCCUGGAGCUAGUUGCGUGUCCCAGAAUGGAGGGUGUUCUGUCACCCCACCCUGAGCCUCAAGAGCAGUUCCUGGGGCCCUGGACCCCUCUGUACAGUCCGUAGGAGAAAGUCGGAAUGCUCUCGAUGGCCUUGUCCUAGCCUGGGACAGGCCCCCUCUCCCCUCUCUCUGCAGGCCAGGAGGGCCUCCUUCCUGCCACGAGGGAGGGGAGUCGGGCCCCAGGUCGCCCCCACCCCCAGCCCUGCAUGCAGGUGCCCUCGCUCCGCCCCAUCAGUCCCUGCCCCUGCCCCUCACGCAGACUGCCCUGCUGGGGCUGGGCCGGAGGGUGGAGCAGAAAGGGGACCCCGGAGCCAAGCGAGGAGGACCAGGCAGCCGCCGCUGCCGCCGCUAAGUCACCACCUGCGCUUAGGUAGGCGUCCUGCUCGCCGACUUUCAGUUCCUUGGGAGGGUGUUGGGUGUCGUCCUUUUCAAAAGUGUUUUGGAGCUUUCUGUGCCCCCCACUUUCCCCCUGCCCCCCCGUGGCCACUUUUCUCUGGAUUUUAGCUGUAAUGUCUUUACUCUUUAUUUAGGGGUGGGGCAUUCAUUGUUUGGGUCUUUUGCUGUUGGAAUGGGAACUCCUCCAUUUGAGCAACUUGGGAACAAUUUGGUAACACACCACAGGAAGUAGCUCUCCCCCCCAGCCCCCUCUUCCCUCAAGGAGGGUUGGGGGGCCUGUCCAGAGGGUCUUCAGAAGCCCCCCUGGGAGGGAGGGGAGGAUGAGCACGCCCAGCUCCCCUCCAGGGUGUGACUUGGCCCCUCUGGCUUGUCUUUCUGUGCCUUACUCCUUCCUCCUGCGUCUCCCAUCCCUGGCCCCUUCUCGAGUCCUUGUGCCUCUCUCUCUUUCUCUCUUUCUUCAUUGUAUGAAAACACAAAGCACAGGUCAGGAUCCUCUGAAAGAAAAUCCAACAUUGCACCACGUAGGGGUGGGUUAUGGGCUGUA